GAUUUAACCAGCUCCAUCCCUCAUGGAUCUGAAGGACAGCACCAGCGAGGGCAGCAUGGGCAGCCUGCAGCCUUCCAGCAUCCAGAUUUUUGCCAACACCUCCACGCUCCACGGGAUCCGUCACGUCUUCGUCUACGGGCCGGUGACCAUCCGGCGCCUGCUCUGGACCUUGGCCUUCGUGGGCUCCCUGGGCCUGCUCCUGGUGGAGAGCUCAGACCGGGUAGCUUUCUACUUCUCCUACCAGCACGUGACCAAAGUGGACGAGGUGGUGGCAAACAGCCUGGUCUUCCCUGCCGUCACCAUCUGUAACCUCAACGAGUUCCGCUUCUCCCGGCUCACUACCAACGACCUGUACCACGCUGGAGAGCUCCUGGCUUUGCUUGAUGUCAACCUGCAGAUCCCCAACCCCCACCUGGCUGACCCAGCUGUCUUAGCCAUUCUGCAGGAAAAGACCAACUUUAAGCAAUACAAACCGAAAGUUUUCAGCAUGCAGGAGUUCCUGGCACGGGUUGGCCAUGAUCUCAAGGAUAUGAUGCUCUACUGCAAAUUCAAAGGCCAAGAGUGUAGCCAUGAGGACUUCAAAACUCUGCCACUGGAUGGGAGUAACAUGAAUCAUCAAACACCACAGCUAUGUGGUUUGGCCAUGCAGGGGCACGGAGAAGCAUUGAACACGAUACUUGUCACCAUCCAGAGCUUGGACCAACCAUCCCAGGGAGGGAUGUCAGUAUGGCUAUUCCUACCAUAGGCAUUGCCCAGGAAGUGCCACCUACUCACUCAUUGCCCAUGAGAAGAGGACAGAGGUUCAGGAAUGACUGCAUGAGGAGGAGGAGGGCACACACAACACUGAAUGCCUCAUGAUCUCGUCAAGAAUCAUUUCACAGGAUGUGUGUUUCAAGGGAAGAACUUUAGACCCAAUUUUGGAUUUCAGACAGCCUUCGGAUGUCUGCUUUCCCUAUUCCCUGGAACAGAUGCCAUCUUAGGUUCUUUAAGAGUACAAAGUUAA